AUGGCGUGGGGGAGAUUGCCCGCCCUAGGCUGGAACUCAUGGAAUGCCUUUGGCUGCGAUAUCAACUCAACAAAGAUCAUGACUGCUGCGACUGAGAUGGUCAAUCUGGGACUGAAGGAUUUGGGCUACGAAUACGUGAACAUUGAUGACUGCUGGUCAAUUAAGGAUACACGAAAUGCAAGUAAUAACCGCAUUGAGCCUGAUCCUUCUAAGUUCCCCAAUGGCAUCUCAGGUGUUGCGGAUCAGGUUCAUGAUCUAGGCCUGAAGAUCGGUAUUUAUAGCAGUGCUGGUGAGACCACUUGUGCUGGCUAUCCUGCUAGCCUGGGAUAUGAGGAUGUCGAUGCCCAAGCAUUUGCAGAGUGGGGAAUCGACUACCUGAAAUAUGACAAUUGCGGCGUUCCGAGUAACUGGACUGACCAGUAUACAGCCUGUGUGCCUGAUGGAUCAGGCAACUUCCCAAAUGGCACCUGUCCUGAUAAUUCAAACCCAGCUCCGGCAGGCUACGACUGGACGACAUCGAAAACAUUCACCCGCUAUUCAAAUAUGCGAGAUGCUCUCCAGAGUGUUGACCGGACAAUUCUUUAUUCCCUCUGUGACUGGGGUCAGGCCGAUGUCAAUACCUGGGGCAAUGAAACGGGCAAUUCGUGGCGCAUGUCUGGGGAUAUCCAGGCGAACUGGCCUCGUGUUGCCGAAAUCGCCAAUGAGAAUUCCUUCAAGAUGAACUAUGUUGACUUUUGGGGCCAUCCAGAUCCUGAUAUGCUAGAGGUCAACAAUGGGAAUUUGACAGCCGAAGAAAAUCGGGCACACUUUGCUUUGUGGGCGAUCAUGAAGUCGCCUUUGAUUAUUGGCACUGCGCUCGACAGUAUCAGUGACACCAAUUUGGCUAUCUUGAAGAACAAAUACUUGCUUGAUUUCCACCAGGACCCCGUUGUCGGGCGCUCUGCCCAUCCUUAUAAAUGGGGAUACAAUCCUGACUGGACAUUCGACCCAGUCCAUCCUGCCGAGUACUGGUCAGGCCCAUCUUCUACUCUAAAGGGCACUUUAGUAUUGAUGUUGAACUCAGAAGAUGUUACUUCCACUCGUACGGCGAUGUGGAAAGAAAUCCCAGAGUUGAAGGGUCACAAUGCAUAUAAAGUGAUCGAUGCCUGGAGUGGUAAAGAUCUGGGCUGUGUUAAGAACCAGUAUAGGGCUUCCCUGUCGAGCCAUGAUGUGGCUGUGCUGGUGGUCAAGGGAGCGUGCUGA